UGCCGGUAGAGUGAACGUGAAUUGCCAAGAAGAAGAGGAGAAAAAGCAGAAGUGGCAACAACGUCGAUACAACUACAAGCAGACUUUAUUGAUAAGUCAGAGCCACAGCCUACUUUGAUAACCCAUCGUGUCUAAGAACUGUGAACGCCCAUCUACUUCAGGUGACCGACAAUGGCUGUGAACGUGUACUCGACCUCAGUGACCAGCGACAACUUAAGUCGUCAUGACAUGUUGAUGUGGAUCAACGAAUCUCUACAGAUGAACCUUACCAAGAUAGAAAUGUUGUGUACAGGUGCAGUGUACUGCCAGUUCAUGGACAUGCUGUUUCCCAGCUCAAUUCCUCUGAAGAAAGUUAAAUUUGGUGCCAAGCUGGAGCACGAAUACAUCCACAAUUUCAAGCUUCUUCAAGUUGCCUUCAAAAAGAUGACGGUCGACAAAAUCAUUCCAGUGGACAAACUGGUGAAGGGCAAGUUCCAAGACAACUUCGAGUUUGUCCAGUGGUUUAAGAAGUUUUUUGAUGCCAACUACGAUGGCAAGGACUACGACCCCGUGGAGGCAAGGCAGGGCCAGGAGCAGCCCACAUGUGGACCCACCCCAUCGGCACUCAACAAACCCCCCAAGAAGGUUCUCAGUCAAGCUUCUCAUAAGCCGCCCGUUGCUAAGGUUGCACCCAAGCUGGUCAAAGUCAGUGAAAGAAAGCCGGGAAUGGGAGUAGGUGACGAGGAGCGGGCAGAGCUUCUGAAUGAGAUGGAGAUGCUUAAAUCCACCAUCCAGGACAUGGAGAAGGAGAGAGACUUUUAUUUUGGUAAGCUGAGGAACAUCGAGCUGAUUUGCCAGGAGAAGGAAGGAGAGGGCGACCCGACACUGCAGAGGAUCAUCGACAUCCUCUACGCCACAGACGAGGGUUUCGUGAUACCGGAUGCUGAGGAGCAGGAGGAGUUUUAAUAAUCAAGACUGCCAGCAGCUUUUCACACAGAUGCCGUGGUCUUCAAACCCACCUCGAGAGCUUUCAGGCGGCCAGUUUGGUUUUAUAUCCAACACCAAACUUGAUCUUGACUCGUGGUCUUCCCCCUCACUUCCUCCUGGACUUCCUCCUCCACCCUUCAGCCCCAUCAAACACCUUUUAAAUGAUAAUCGACAAAGCCUCGGUCACUGCCUCUUCUUCUUCCACUCCUGUCCGUCUGUAAGAAUCCCAGACCCCUUCCCCAUCCUCACCUGUAACCCCUCCCCUCCUUAAACCAGACAGAGCAGUACAAGUCUGGUUUCUGUAAUGGACUUGAGUGUGCAAACACGGUGAUGUUCUCUGACUGUGUGUAAACGUAUGUGCGUGCGUGUGGUUGUAUGUGUUUAAUAAUCAGUUUGAAACAAAUCAAACAUGAAGACCCUCCUCUGAAGACCUGUCACUUCAUCCCAGACUGACUCAGCGAUCAUUUCUGUGCCUCGCCUGCUGACGUUGAAGUUUACUCUUUAUGAAGAAAAUACAGGCACACGAGUGAGUCAAAGAAAGUAAAACAUUCCCAAAUAAAACACGUAGUGUUGCAUCAUUUUGAACCAAAUUCUGAGGUGGUUUUAUGCAUUUAUGUCAGCUGGUCUCAGUCUUAACGUUGCAAACAAACAGUUUUGUUUUUUUUUCAAAUGAGGCAGUGGGCUUACAUAAAUGCUCCUGUGACAUUCAGUACGUUUACAUGCAGAUAGAGGAAGUUGUUUUAAUUUUAGUGCAACUAAAACUGGACUUUUAAAAUACAUGUGGACAUGUUAGUCUGACUAAAACCAUAGAGGAUUUAAACAUCCAGAUUAUGUAGGUAGAGAUGCAUGUUUUUGGACUGAGGAAUUAAUCAAAAUUUCAAAAAUGGUAAUUUCUAAAUCUUAGGGGGUGCAAUCUUUCUAAAGGGUAAAGUGUACCAGUGUCAUUUUAUUGGCAAUAUUUUGCAGCAGAGGCAUUCUGGCCUACAUACCUUACACAGGUAUAAAAAUUAAUUCCCUAUGUGUUGAAGAAAUUGCUAAAAUAAAUUUAAAGGGCAAUCAUGGGGUAAAAAUUGUCCCUGCCUAUGUUACGGUAAACCACUGAUAUUGCAAUAGAAGUCAGAAUAAUUGCAAUUCAGUAUUUUUUUCCAGCCCUAGCGUGUUUACACCUCAGUCAGACCCAAACUGGCCCAUGCAUUCUGAGCAUGCUCCACAGUUAACAUGCCAGACUUCUCCUAGGAAGUAGCCAUCAUCUUCUUCCUUCAGUUGUAAGCUAUAGGAAUACCAUGCAUUGCAUUUGUAGUGAGUGAAGAGUGAACCAUGAGGUCAGACUUGUUUUCAUUCUUCUGACGCCCCUUGGUGUUCGUACAGACUACCAAAAGAAAUUCAGACAGAAGCUAAGCUAUUGUAGUGGAGAUGAAUGUAGUUGGGUUCAGUCCUGUUUCUAGCUUUUACCCCUUCCCUGGUUGUCCAGUGGUUUCUUGUCCCUUGAAACAAAGUACUGAAGAGUAGCAGUGAAAUCUCCCCUUUAAAAAGGGAAAACUCGUCAAUAUCCUGUAGUUCUCCAUGGCAUUUAUGUAAACAGAUGCGACAUCACUGGGCAUUUGUAGUAUGACUUUUUUUAUAUGCAUGUUUAAAAAACAUAAAAGGAACUUGAUGCAUUUUAUAUGAUUGUCAGACGAUUUACAUUUGUGCCCUUCUUUGACACUUCAGCAGUCAUCUUUCUGCUGAUUUGAAAGGCAUUCUCAGAGGUAACAUCCCAGGGUGUGCUUCUAGGAAAAUCUCAUGCAGCUGUAGCGCUUCACCCUACCCCUUGGUUCCAACAGUAGUCGGGAAACCCGGUCUCGAGAUGUGAACACAUUAAAGGCAGGGGUAGGGCUAAGUGUGAGGGAAAGGGGGUGAAUUGAACUGAACCUUCAUCUCCACCAUAGCCAAUGAAUCAGUUCUCCCUCGAUGCUUGUGUCCCAGGACAGGACCAGUAGUGUAUGACUCUAGUGAUAGCUGUAACUGUAGCCUGACUUGACUAUGCAUUUAAACACAGUGAUGUAAGCACAGUUUAGUAGCUGAAAUAUUUCUGAGCAAAAUGAAGCCACUGAAGGACUCUGAGUUUACACUAGGGUUGUCAUAUUGACAGAUUGAAACUUGGUGUUGACGCUGAUGAAAUCAAACUAUAUAGAUGCAUGUUUUAAUGCAAUGGCAACAAAAAUGGAAGUCUUAGGCACCCAGGAUUAAGUAAUUUCUUAUUUCCAGUGUUCUAAAUCUUGCCAAAGUGUUGGCAUCUUUCGAUUAAAGUUUCCCUCUUGUCUGUGCAGCGCAGACAAGAGUUUGCUUGCUUGAUAACUAAAAACAGGAAAUUACUAAACUUUAGGUGUCUCUGACUUCUGUUUUUGUUGCUGUGGUGUUGUAACGUGUUUAUUUGUUUAUACCAGUAUCACAUCGAAGCUUAAUAUUCAUGACCCCCUUUGAUUGGAUUCAUUCCUCUCCUAUGCGAUUCCUUUUUGAAUACAUGUAGUAUUUUAAAAUUCAACAUCAACCCUUAAACAACUUUAGAUUAAGCUGUGUCUUACUGCUCCUCAGAAGGGGAAAUUUCCUUGAUAGUUGAAAUGCGUACAUCAGUUUUGAAGUAGCAAAGUGAGAUUGAGUGAAUGCUACAAAAAAGAUGUUUUUUAAUUAUUAUUUCUCAGUGGAUUGCAACAACUGUUAGAACCCUAAAUGAUGAAAAAAUCACCUUAGGGCAAAGGCUUGCUAUGCAAUACAUGUGCUAGUUAAAUUUUGGCGAAAAGAAACAUUUGUGCACGUUUCUGCUUGGUUAAAUACUAGAGUUAAUUCUGAUCAUCUAAAGCUCUUUAAAAAGAGGCAUUGUGUUUUUUUUUCCUUUAUAAAAAAAAGCAGGCUUCAGUCUGGGAUGAUGUGACAGCCAGGUCUUUUCUGCCUUUUUCCUAUCAUGAACAUCUUCUUGAUUUUGUCCUCUUCAGCCUCAGACGAGCUUUUGUAAAUUCACAUCAUUACUUUAUCACAUUUCUCCCCCACCUUCACUCCAUUUUUAUUUCUUGAUUUGUCCAGGUUUCCUCUUUUGUUUUUUUGGGUUUUUUUUUUUUUUUUUUUUGGUUUGUUUUUGGCACCUGCCAGUCAUCAUCUCUCUCAUCUUUCUACAUUUGUUUUUCCACACUCUCUCCCUCUGGUGGAGAUUUAACUUGUGUGCAGAAGCCACACGAAUAGAGAAAAGGGCUGUUCUUGUAGCAGAUCAGAUGUCUUUUUGCUCCCUACUCCACCUUCACAUUUCAGACUUUCUUCAAUGUGCAAUCUUUACAUCCAGGAAAGUGGCUUAACAUUCAAGCUGAUGUCAGAUUAAACGUUUAAAGCAGACUUCAGAUCAACUUGAAAAUGUUGGGUAAAACGUGCAAAAGCUGCCAAAUCACAGUGUACGUUUUAUCCUCUGGAGCGUCUGUUUUAAAGCACAUGCACUCUUUUUCAUACCAGAGGCCCUUAAAUUUGUCCCAGCCCUAAUAGACUGUACUACCACAGCAGCCAUGUUCCUAAAUGUUGUACUGUUAUUAUCCAGGUCGAUUGUCAUUGAAAAUACAGACAAAAAAAUGUGUUUGAUAGCCCAUUAGCUUCCAUUAAAUGAUAGAAAAGGCUUGUAACGACAUAAAAAUAACAUAAGCUUCAAGUUUCACAGUUGCAAACCAGAGUUUGACCUCAGGUUUGAAUAGACGUGUUCAAAAUGAAUGUUUACUUUAUCAAGUCGAGCUUUUUCCAUCAUAUCCAUAAUUAUUAAACAUAAAUAAUUAAGUAGGACGUACCUGAAUGCUAAUGUUAGCCUCAGUGUGAAUGGCACCGGCAGGGCAGGGCAAUCUAGCCGAUCCAAAUCUCAGAUUUUUACAACCAAUCUGAUUUACAGUUUUAACUGAUUUCCUCUCCAGCAUUUUAUUACAGCAAGAACCAGAGUGAGAAUAGUGGUUCCCAGCUAGUCUAUCCUCAGGAUUCGCCAACACCUCCUGAAUGAGAAUUGGGAUCAAAACUUCCAAAAUUGUUCAACUUUUUUAAAUUUAAUCAAUGAAAAUAUUUGUCUGGACCUUUGAUGGAAGGAAACAUAUGACUAAAGGACAUGGUUAAAAAAGCAGAAAUUUAAACAUUUGAACAUGAGGGGCCACUUUAUCAUGGGAAACCAGCUUUGUUUUUCCAAGAUGGAUCAGCAUAGGUCUCAAGGAAACAACCAAAACUGACGCGGGAAAAUGUAGUAAAACAAAAUGUCUUUGUACAGCACUGGGGAGAACUUUAAGUCAUGUUUGGGCCAAACGGCUGAAGUAAGGAGCAGGAUUGACACAACCCUGGUCGUGCUGUGGAUGUCCUUGCAUAUUUUUAGGCUCAUUGGAAUAUAAUCGGUUGUACGAAUAACAAAGUCAAAACCUUUAGGGCGGAGUAAGGAGUGGAUGUGGCGAGUAAGCAGCCUAGGGUACCAUCCAGGUGUUUAGUAGGGUUGCCACGAGCCCUUGGUCCCAAAUGUCAGAAAGCCACCAGCACUCUCGGAUAAAAGAGAUGCCGUCAAGCCUGACCCCAACUCUCCAGCCCGGGUUGUGGCACAUCAGGCCCCAUGAUGAAUCCUUUGCGUCCCUCAUGCUCAAUACUUAUGCACAUGACUGCAUGUCUGCUGAGGCUUCGUUGACUUCGUUGUUUUCAUGACCCACCAGAAACAUCUCUGCAACCGGCUUUUGGGUUCCAAUCAAAACUAGUACAUCCUUUAGCAGAAGGUGAUCUUAUGUGGAUAAGACAUCUUUUAAAUGGUUAAAUGGUCACCAGAUGUGCCGAGCAGGUCACCCAGUUAUAGAGUGCAAGAAAAUGAUGCAUGAAAGCAGAAGAGGCAAACUGGUGCACAAAUGUUCCUCCAUUAUGGUGAGGCGUUUCCAGCCAGUUUGAGGCAAAGCUCCAGGGAUGUGUUGGAGGAAGUUUGAGAGAAAAAUCUAGAUUUCUAGUGUGAUAAAUCUAUGAAAUCAGGCCUCAGUAAUGUGUUAUCAAAUGUUUUUUAACAUGAAAUAUGACCUGAUUCCUCUCCAGAUUUUUGUUUUUUUCGGUCCAUUCCAGUCAGGAAGGGAAAAAUUAAAUAGCCUUCAGAAUUUGCAUGUUCAUAUGACAAAUGACCUGGUAAGUGAUGGUGCACAGUGACUACUGUGUUCCCCAUUAAGUGUGACGUCACAGAAACAUGGCCGCUGUGAAAGUACGAGCUCUACUCGUUCUGAAGGGCGACGGGAAUCCCAAACACUGUGAGCUCUGACUGUGUCUUCAUCACGUAGCCGGCCACAGUCGAGUACCGCUCUGAUAUUGCCUGGUCGAGCUGUACAGCAGUUCUGAUGCUUCUUUAAGUGUCUUCAUUGGGUUGAUUGAUGAAUCUUCUCUGAUUUAGUUUUAAAAGUUGGGUUAAUGAGUAUAAAUUUCCACUAAUGCUGUAUUCCUUUCUGGGAAUGUAGGACAGGUGUCUCUUCCCCCUUUGUGUCCUCUUUCCAAUCCUUAUUGACCAAUUUUAAUCCAAAUAUUGUAUACUGUGGAUCCAAUCUGAGACAGUUUUCCACUGUACUUUGUAAUAAUGUCAUUUUUUUUUACAUAUUUGUACCUGAUUUGAAACACAAGUGUAGAUUCCACACAGAUCCUGUAAACGGCGACAUGUUCUUGUAGUAGUACAUAACUUUAUCGAUGGCCUUAUUCAUAACAAAACCUUCUUUUUCAUAGCUUUGUUUUGUAUUACUUUAAUGUAAGUCUGCUGUUUUUGGGCAAAUGUUUGUACUGUUAGUCGUAUUUUUUAUGUGUUCUGGAAAUAAACAACAUUGGAGGUAUUUUGGACAGAAGCUCAGAUGUGUCAGGAUGCAGCAGAGCGCCAUGUCUUCCAUCAGAUUCGUUAAGAAAAACAAACCUGGUGUUAUUAAACUAAAGGGGAUCUAGUCGGUCGUUUCCUGCUGGAUGAGAAGUGAUCAAAGCUGCAGACCUGCAGAAUAAAAUCCAAGAGUUUCUUACAUACACUCACCGGCCACUUCAUUAGGUACACCUGUUCAGCAGCUAAUUAAUGCAAAUAUCCAAUCACAUGGCAGCAACCAAGGUAGUUAGGCAUGUACACAUGCUGAAGUUCAAAUGAAGCCUCAGAAUGGGGAGGGCAGGUGAUUGAUUAAACAUGCGGAUGUUGGGCUGAGUAUUUCACAUACGGCCAUCUGUAGGGUGAGCUGCAGAUCUGCAGGCGGAAGUCAUAGAGGAAUGAGCAGACUGGUUUGAGCUGAUCCAAAGGAAUCGUCACAUUAAUCUAGGAAUAAUCUGAUUAUGUUAAUUAUCUGAUUUCACACAUUAGCAUGUACUUCAGUAAUCCCUCUCUGUAAAAGCCCACUUAAGGCUGGCUACACACUAGAUCAGGAGUCCCAAACUUUUCAGCCUGUGACCCCCAAAUAACAGCAUGGUAGACGAGGACCCCCACCGUCCCUGGAGCUGGUUGAGCCAUACGAUGUUGCAUGAAGCAUCAUGUAAAAAUGUGCAUUUUAAGGAGUUGUACUCUAUAUGGACAAAAGUAUCUGCCCACAUCUUGUAAUUAUUGAACUAAGGUGUUUCAAUUAGACCUGUUGCCACAGGUGAAUAAAAUCAAGCAUCUAGCCACGCAGCCUCCAUUUAUAAACAUUUGUGAUUCUAAAUGUGUCUUUCACUGACUUUAAGCAUGGUACUGUGAAGGAUGCCACCUCUGCAAAAAUGAUGUUUUGUAAAAUUUCAUCCCUUCCACAGUCAGCUGUUAAGUAAUAUUAGAAAGUGGAAGAGUUUAGGAACAACAGAAACUCAGCCAUGAAGCAGGAGACCAUGAAUGUCGAUAAAAGUCGCCAAUUCUGAACAUUCUGAACUUUCACUGGCAUUAAUUCAAGAACUAAAACUGCAGCAGGAGCUUCAUGAAUGGGUUUCCAUGGCUGAUCAGCUGCAUGCAACCCUCACAUCACCAAGUCAAAUGCCAAGCGUCUGGUGGAGUGGUGUAAACCACACAGACACUAGAGUGUGGAGCAGUGGAAACAUGUUCUGUUGAGUUACGGAUCAUGCUUUUCUGUUUGGAGGAUUCUGGGAAAAAGUUACCUGCCUGUUUUUAUUACAUGCAUUUUUUUCUGCUCAGAUUUAAAGUUGACUAUAAAUUGUCAUUUAAGUAGGAUGCAAACCAGUCUAGUACUGUGCCAGAUAACUAGAGUAGUUGGGUAAUUACAGAAAAAAAGAGGAUGUUUGGUUUAUUACUAUGCAUGUUGACAUAAAUCAAAUAGCCUCUUGUUCCAGCAGAGGUAAGCACAUAAACAAAUCCUUUUCCUUCUCCAGUCUGAUGCUCAGUUUGAACUUCAGAGCAUCCAAUCAACUUUUUUUUUCAUGCCUUAAAGAAGUGGUCACUGCCAUGUGAUUGGCUGGUAAAAUAUUUGCAUUAACGAGCAGUUGAAUAGGUGUACCUAAUAAAGUGGCUGGUGGGUUUUUUCAGUAUUUAAGUGCUUUAGCUUUCUAAUUUGAUAAUCAUUGAACUGCCAUGAGUGCCACGAGAUAGUCGAUGGUACCUGGGUGUUACUGGUUUGUAUUUUCUUGUAG